AUGUGUGGGCGAUACGCAUUGGGCCUCCGUGCCGCAUUUGUCCGCUACCAGCUUCAGCAACAGGGCAUGCCAGUUGAUGAUGCACCCAACGACGACGAAGCCCGCGAAACAUACAAUUUCCCCCCUGGAUCCUUUGGCCUCGUCUACCGUGCAGAUGUUCCCGACCAAGGCGUCAGAGAUAACAGUGACGAAGCGGAAAGCAGCGACGAUGUAGAGCACGACGGACAAGCACAGGAACAAGAACAAGAGCCGCAGGAGCCAAGCGCACCUACGUCCAGUCAAUCGAAGAAGCACUUCAACUACCAGCUCAAGGCCAUGAAAUGGGGUCUGAUUCCCUUCUGGACCAAACGCGCACCAGAUUACGGGUCCAUGCUGCGCACCAUCAACUGCCGCGACGACUCUCUGAUCGAAAAUCGGGGCAUGUGGAACACGAUGAAACAGAAGAAGCGCUGCCUGGUUGUGGCGCAGGGGUUCUACGAGUGGUUGAAGAAGGGACCCGGCGGGAAAGAGAGGAUCCCGCAUUUUGUCAAGAGGAAGGAUGGCAAUCUGAUGUUGUUCGCUGGACUGUGGGAUUGCGUCAAGUACGAAGAUACAGAGGAGAAGCUGUACACCUACACCAUCAUCACGACGGACGCGAACAAGCAGUUGCAGUUUCUCCAUGAUCGGAUGCCUGUCAUCCUGGAUCCGGGGUCAGAAGAGGUCAAGAUGUGGCUGGACCCGACAAGGAACAAGUGGAGCAAGGAGCUUCAGGCGAUUCUGAAACCGUACGAGGGCGAACUCGAGUGCUACCAGGUGGAUUCGGCCGUGGGGAAAGUGGGAAACAAUUCGCCCAGCUUCAUUGUCCCGAUUGACAGCAAGGAGAACAAGAAGAAUAUCGCGAAUUUCUUCAGCAAUGCUAGUGCGAAGAAGGCCAAGGACAAAGUCGAGGUGAAAUCAGAACCAACCCAACCUACAGCUGAAGAUACUGGGGGUGAAAAUAACGCACCGCCGCCCGCAGCGAGUACUCCGGUUGAAGAGAAGCAAGGAACAAAAAGGGAGUACGAUGAUGAGCUCCAGGGAAGCCCGACGAAGAAACACAUGAAGCUGUCCUCCACUGCUCAGUCGCUGAAGUCUCCUCCAACCAAGACGACUCCAGGCAAGAAGCCGAGGAGCGCGACCAGUAACAAGGACAUGACUCUGAAGACGAGUCCCGCAAAGAAAGUUGAGCCAGGAACGCAACGAAUCACGAAUUUCUUCACCAAGUGA